AUGAAGAGAGCGCUUCCUCGGAUCUCCAGAUGGGCAGAGACACGAUCCACGGUGGAGUAUGCGGUGCGCUCGGCCACGUUGGGCUCCUGGAGGAUGCUGACCCUGGGGGUGGAGUAUGAGGACACCUGGGCCGGGUCACCUGCCAGGGUUCCCCGGGGAGAGGAUCCACCAGGACCCGGGGAGCCGGAGGAACCAGAGGAACCAGAGGAACCAGAGGAGCCAUCUGAGCCAUCGUGGACAGAUGUGGAGAAAAGCACCUGCAGCAAGUUCCACUCAGUUUUACAUCUGGAUGGAUUCAACACGUCUGGGAGGAGAGAUGGUGUCGAUCAGCUGAUCUGGAGACACGAGACCCUCAACAGUUCCCCAUGGGCCCAAAGGAUGCCUCGCUUCGGAGAGGACCGCUAUGGAGGAGGAGGAGGAGGAGGAGGGAGAGGAGGAGGAGGACCGGGAGGAGGAGGGCGAGGGGGAGCCCGGGGAGGUGGAGGUGGAGGAGGUGGUGCCGGAGGAGGAGGACCAGGAGGAGGUGCCCCUGGCGGCCAGAGGAUGUACAAGCAGUCCAUGGCCCAGCGAGCCCGGACCAUGGCCAUCUACAACCCGAACCCGGUGAAGCAGAACUGCUUCACGGUCAACCGCUCGCUCUUCAUCUUCCGGGAGGACAACCUCAUCAGGAAGUACGCCAAGCGCAUCACGGAGUGGCCUCCAUUUGAAUAUCUGAUCCUCGCCACGAUCAUCGCCAACUGCAUCGUCCUGGCGCUGGAGCAGCACCUGCCGGCCAGCGACAAGACGCCCAUGUCCGAGCGCCUGGAUGACACAGAGCCCUACUUUAUUGGAAUAUUCUGUUUCGAGGCCGCCAUUAAGAUCAUCGCCCUGGGCUUCGCGUUCCACAAAGGCUCCUACCUCCGCAACGGCUGGAAUGUAAUGGACUUCGUGGUGGUCCUCACGGGAAUCUUGGCCACGGUGGGUUCAGACUUCGACCUGAGGACGCUGCGGGCGGUCCGGGUGCUGAGACCCCUGAAACUCGUAUCAGGAAUCCCAAGUCUCCAGGUGGUCCUGAAGUCCAUCAUGAAAGCCAUGGUCCCUCUGCUGCAGAUCGGCCUGCUGCUCUUCUUCGCCAUCGUGAUGUUUGCCAUCAUCGGGGUGGAGUUCUACAUGGGAAAGUUCCACACCACCUGCUUCAGGCUCGACACCGGUGAGAAAGCAGUGGAUUGGCCGUGUGGACUCGAGCCUCCGGCCAGGACGUGUCCCAACGGCACCGUGUGCAGAGAGUACUGGACCGGACCCAACUUCGGGAUCACCAACUUCGACAACAUCCUGUUCGCGGUGCUCACGGUGUUCCAGUGCAUCACCAUGGAGGGCUGGGUGGAGAUCCUCUACAGCACCAACGAUGUGGCAGGAAACACCUGGAACUGGCUGUACUUCAUCCCUCUCAUCAUCAUCGGCUCGUUCUUCAUGCUCAACCUGGUGCUCGGCGUCCUGUCAGGAGAAUUUGCCAAAGAGAGAGAGCGAGUGGAGAAGAGACAGGAGUUCCUGAAGCUCCGGAGGCAGCAGCAGAUCGAACGAGAGCUGACCGGAUACUUGGAGUGGAUCUGCAAAGCGGAGGAGGUGUUGCUGGAGGAGGAGGAGGAGAUCGCAGAGGAGAAGUCUCCGCUGGACGGCGCCUGGUACAAGAGGAAACAAAACCUGCCAGUUCUGAAACGAGGCAAAGUCAAGAAAGGUAAAAACGACCUGAUCGGAGCCGAGGACGGGGAGGAUCCUUUCGCCGACCUCUCCUCCGUCGCUCCUCCCGGCUCUCCGUUCGGCCGAGCCAGCGUGAAGAGCGGCGGGAAGAUGGACGGCUCCUCCUACUUCCGCCGCAAGGAGAAGAGGAUCCGCUUCUUCAUCCGCCGCAUGGUGAAGGCGCAGAGCUUCUACUGGAUCGUCCUGUGUCUGGUGGGACUCAACACGCUGUGUGUGGCCAUCGUCCACUACGACCAACCCGACUGGCUCACCAGGGCCCUGUACACAGCAGAGUUUGUGUUCCUGGGUUUGUUCCUGAGUGAGAUGAGCUUGAAGAUGUACGGCCUCGGAGCGCGGAACUAUUUCCAUUCCUCCUUUAACUGCUUUGAUUUCGGGGUGAUCGUGGGAAGUAUCUGUGAGGUGAUCUGGGACAUGAUCAAACCCGGAGCUUCGUUUGGGAUCAGCGUGCUACGAGCCCUGCGGCUGCUCCGGAUAUUCAAAGUCACCAAAUACUGGAACUCGCUGAGGAACCUGGUGGUUUCCCUCCUGAACUCCAUGAAGUCCAUCAUCAGCCUGCUCUUCCUCCUCUUCCUCUUCAUCGUGGUCUUCGCUCUGCUGGGCAUGCAGCUCUUUGGAGGACAGUUUAACUUUGAAGAGGAGACGCCGACAACCAACUUUGAUACGUUCCCAGCCGCCAUCCUCACUGUGUUCCAGAUCCUGACCGGCGAGGACUGGAACGCCGUCAUGUACCACGGGAUCGAGUCCCAGGGCGGCGUGCGGCGCGGCAUGUUCUCCUCCGUCUACUUCAUCGUGCUCACGCUGUUCGGGAACUACACCCUCCUGAACGUCUUCUUGGCCAUCGCCGUCGACAACCUGGCCAACGCACAGGAGCUGACGAAGGACGAGGAGUUGCAGGAGGAGGCGGCCAAUAAGAAGCUGGCCCUGCAGAAAGCCCUGGAGGUCAAGGAGGUCAGCCCCAUGUCGGCGGCCAACAUCUCCAUCGCUGCUUUUGUAAAGCAAAAUCGAGAUGCACUCUCUCGCAGGUCGUCCAUCAACAGCAUUCAGUCACUGAGUUACACUGUCUACUCCUCCCCCGCCCGACGAAUCUUGAGCAAGGAUCCGCAGCGCUCGGGGAAGAGCAUGUCGGUGUGGGAGCAGAGGACCAAUCAGCUGAGGAGACACAACGUCCGGUCGAGCAGCGAGGCGCUGUUCAACGAGCUGGAGCCCGAGGAGCGCCUCCGCAUGGCGUCCGCCCUCCACCUCCACCCGGACAUGAAGACCCACCUGGACCGGCCCCUGGUGGUGGAGGCCAGGAACGGAGACAAACCCAGCAGGCCUCCCGAAGGGGGGGGCCGGGACGAGGACGGCACGGGAGACAACAACAACUCCUCCCACGCUCACGCCCGGAAGCAUCACCGCCACCGGGACAGGAACGGAGACGGAGGCGACGCCAGGGGGGGGCGGCACCACACCCACCACAGCAGGAGCCGGGACCACAAGGCCGACAACCAGACCAAGGAGAGGAGGGCGGAGAGGAGCCACAGCCACGAGGGGGGGCAGGGACACCGGCACCACCACCAGGCCGGCUCCCCCGAGGAGGAGAACCACGACCUGCAAGGAGGAGGAGGAGGAGGAGAGGAAAGAGGGCGUCGCCAUCACCACGCCCAUCGUCCGGCCAGAGAGGGGAACGGGACGAUAGGGAACGGAGCCCAGGGAGAGAGGAGGGCCAGAGGAGGAGGAGGAGGAGGAGGAGGAGGAGGAGGAGGAGGAGGAGGAGGAGGAGGAGGAGGAGGAGGGGAUAGUAACGGAGAGAGGAAGGGCCGCUGCUCUCGGAUGGUUCGAGCUCAGUCGACUCUGGAUGGAGACGACUGCAGGAGGAGCAGAAACGGCGCCCGAGGCCACAGGGAGAACCAGCCAGAUGCCGAGGACAGCGGCCUGGCCUCCAGUCCUCUGCAGCUCAGGCGCAGCAGCCUGAGUCUGGGGGAGAAGCAAGAGGACGCCGACAACCAGAAGAACUCCACCCGGGCCAGCCAGGCCGGCCUGAACAGCAGCAACGCCAUCCACAUCCCGGUCACCAUCACCUCGCCCGGGGAGACCGCCAUCAUUCCCAUGAACAGCAUCGACUGUGACAACGUUCAAAUCAGCGACGAGAAGAAGGAUCUGGAGGAAGAGGAGGCGGCUAAUGGGCCUCGGCAGAUCCUCCCCUACAGCUCCAUGUUCGUCUUCGGGCAAACGAACCCGGUGCGGCGGCUGUGUCACUACGUGGUCAACCUGCGGUACUUCGAGAUGUGCAUCCUGAUGGUCAUCACCAUGAGCAGCAUCGCCCUGGCAGCCGAGGACCCGGUGCAGGCCAACGCGCCGCGCAACAACGUUCUGAAGUAUCUGGAUUACGUCUUCACCGGAGUCUUCACAUUCGAGAUGGUGAUUAAGAUGAUUGACUUGGGGCUGCUGCUGCACCCGGGCGCGUAUUUCCGUGACCUGUGGAACAUCCUGGACUUCAUCGUGGUCAGCGGAGCGCUGGUGGCCUUCGCCUGCUCGAGCCUCAUGGGAUCCCAGCACAGCGUGGCCAGAGGAACCAAAGGCAAGGACAUCAACACCAUCAAGUCCCUCCGGGUCCUGCGGGUCCUGCGGCCACUCAAGACCAUUAAGCGUCUGCCCAAGCUGAAGGCCGUGUUUGACUGUGUGGUGAACUCCCUGAAGAACGUCCUGAACAUCCUCAUCGUCUACAUGCUCUUCAUGUUCAUCUUCGCCGUCAUCGCCGUGCAGCUCUUCAAGGGGAAAUUCUUCUACUGCACAGACGAGUCCAAGGGUCUGGAGAAGGACUGCAGGGGUCAGUUUCUGGACUAUGGCCGGGACGACGUGGCAGCUCAGCCCCGAGAGUGGAAGAAAUAUGAGUUCCACUACGAUAACGUUCUCUGGGCCUUUCUGACGCUCUUCACCGUCUCCACCGGGGAAGGCUGGCCCAUGGUCCUGAAACACUCGGUGGACGCCACCUACGAGGACCAGGGCCCCAGCCCGGGCUUCCGCAUGGAGACCUCCAUCUUCUACGUGGUCUACUUCGUGGUCUUCCCCUUCUUCUUCGUCAACAUCUUCGUGGCUCUGAUCAUCAUCACGUUCCAGGAGCAAGGGGACAAGGCCAUGUCGGAGUGCAGCCUGGAGAAGAACGAGCGAGCGUGUAUCGACUUCGCCAUCAACGCCAAACCGCUGACGAGGUACAUGCCAGCGAACAAGCUGUCCUUCCAGUACAAGAUGUGGAAGUUCGUGGUGUCGCCGCCGUUCGAGUACGCCAUCAUGACUCUGAUCGCCCUCAACACGGUGGUGCUGAUGAUGAAGUUCUACGGAGCUCCAGACCUGUACGAGUCGAUGCUGAAGUACUUAAACAUCCUCUUCACAGCGCUCUUCACUCUGGAGUGCAUCCUCAAGAUCAUUGCCUUCGGCCCUCUGAACUACCUGAAAGCAGCGUGGAACGUGUUUGACUUUGUGACCGUGAUCGGGAGCAUCACAGACAUCGUGGUCACGGAGGUGAAGGUACGUAAAAUGAUCAACCUGAGUUUUCUGCGUCUGUUUCGAGCCGCUCGCCUCAUCAAGCUGCUGCGACAGGGCUACACCAUCCGCAUCCUGCUGUGGACCUUCGUGCAGUCCUUCAAGGCGCUGCCGUACGUCUGCCUCCUCAUCGCCAUGCUCUUCUUCAUCUACGCCAUCAUCGGAAUGCAGGUGUUUGGGAACAUCGAGCUGAAUGAAGACACGGCCAUCAACCUCCACAACAACUUCCAGACCUUCUUCCAGGCGCUGACGCUUCUCUUCAGGAGUGCGACGGGCGAGGCGUGGCACGAGAUCAUGUUGUCGUGUCUCAGUAACCGGCCGUGUGACCGACUCUCAGGGACGGGGGGGAAGGAGUGCGGCAGCGACUUCGCCUACUUCUACUUCGUCUCCUUCAUCUUCCUCUGCUCCUUCCUGAUGUUGAACCUCUUUGUCGCCGUCAUCAUGGACAACUUCGAGUACCUGACCAGGGACGCCUCCAUCCUGGGGCCGCAUCACCUGGACGAGUUCAUCCGCGUGUGGGCGGAGUACGACCCGGCGGCGUGCGGGAGGAUUGUCUAUCAGGAUAUGUACAAAUUGUUGCGUUUUAUCUCUCCUCCUCUGGGUCUGGGGAAGAAGUGCCCGAACAGGGUGGCCUAUAAGCGACUGGUGAAGAUGAACAUGCCCAUCGCCGAUGACAACACGGUUCACUUCACCUCCACGCUCAUGGCUCUGAUCCGCACGGCGCUGGAGAUCAAGCUGGCAUCUGGGGUCCUGGCGCAGCGGUUGUGCGACGCCGACCUGAAGAGGGAGCUGAACCGGGUUUGGCCGAACCUGUCGCAGAAGACCGUGGACGUGCUGGUGACGCCGCACAAGUACAACGAGCUGACGGUGGGGAAAGUUUACGCCGCCUUCAUGAUCUUCGACUACUACAAACAGAACCGAGCCAAGCGUCUCCAGCAGCUGCAGCAUCCAGCCGGAGGAGCUCAGAGUAAAAUGGGGACGCUGUUCCGUCCUGUGCUGCCGCUCACUCACAUACAGGAAGUAGAACCUCGGAUAUGCAGCCCCAAACAGCCCCUCCCUCCCCUGCCUGAGCCGGAGCGUACGCCAGAGGCCCCGCCCAUUACCGCCAUCACAACCACCACGUCGUCCACGUCGAUAAACAGGGACGCAAUAUUGAUCCAGCGGGGGGGCAUCAGACACUCGCAGUCCGGGGACGUGUCCCAGGGGGCGCCGCGGCCCCGAGGCCUCAGGAAGCUGCAGAGGGGUCAGUCGGAGGACGUUCCCUAUUACACCAGACCUCAGGAGCUGGUGGAGCUGAAGCCGGUGGAGGACCUCUCGGACUCGGAGGGACGUCCCAGCCUGGAGGGACACUACCGAGCGGCGUCUCUCCCCCGGCUCAACGCAGAGUACUACCGGAUCCACCCUCGCCACGCCCCUGGGACCCACCUGGCACCGAUCGUCGACCUCAGUCCCAUCCGGCGCUCGGCGUCCUCGCUGACGCCACAGCGCCACCUGGAGGACGGGCUGAGUGAGUACGACCUGGAGCGGCUGGGCCUGGCUCCGGCCUCCACGGGUCAGGACCGAGCCCACCACCACCACCACCACCACCACCGCUGCCAUCGACGCAGGGACAAGGACAAAGACAACCAGCAGAAGUCUCUGGACAGGACCGAGUCGGUUCAGCCGUCCAGCACCGUCGAUUCGUUCACAGACCCGUCGGCUGAAGGUUUGUCCAGAGAGCGAGCGAGAGAGCGGGACCGCAGCCGGCCUCACGAGCGCAGACACCACUCCUCCGCCGGAGAGAAGCAGCGCUACUACUCGUGCGAGCGCUACGGCAGCCGGGAGCAGUGCCACGCCCGCUCGGCCGGCCCCAGUCGCUCCACGUCGCCCGGCGAGGGGCAGGACGCCGGAUUGCUCAAACAGUACGGAAGCGGCGUGGUCAAAGCGGGCGCUGGGACGCUCCCGUCUGAUUCCAGCACGCCGGGCCGGAGUCGCCGGCAGCUGCCACAGACGCCGCUCACCCCUCGUCCUGCCGUGACCUACAAGACCGCCAACUCCUCGCCUCUCCCGUCCGCUGCCGGCACCUCUACGAAGGUGCACCAGACUCGCUUCAGCCGUGGCCUUUCAGAGCACGAGCGCUUGUACGUGGACCACAACGAGUCCCCGAUCCCGGUGACCCGCAUCGGCUCGGACCCUCACUUGAACCGGCAGCUGCAGGACGCUUCUCGCCAGGCCCUCCUCGAGGAGAGGGAGGACCUGCAGGAAGCCGUGAGCAGCCACGGGUCAGGGGGCCGCUCGGCCAGAACCACUGCCUCAACCUCAGCCUCGGCUUCACACGCAACCGCCGCCGCGGCCGCCGCCACCAUGCCCGUCACGCAGGCCCGGGCGGCGGGGGUGCCAAACGGGUUCCACUUCACCCUCGGGGUCAGCUCGGUGUCCGGGCCCGGGAGCAGAGGGACGGGAAGUCUCAGGGAGAGGGAUGACGAGGACUGGUGCUAACCUGGUGGAACAAUGAGUGGAGCGAUGAGUUGUAAAGUGCUGGUGCCGAGUCCGGGGGUUCGAUUCCGAGGGAAAACGCCAGAGGAAAGAGCUGUAAAAGGGGAUCAGAAAUCAUUCCAGCGUUGUAGUGUUACUCUCCUUUUUUAUAUAUCAAGAAAAGACUCUGAAGACGUUUUGUAUCCCCGUGACUUGCACUGAAAUCAAAGCACAUGUGAAGACCCUCAAGUAUUUUUGCCUUGGCCAGUAAAAUCAGUGUUGGAGCAGAAGACAAAAGCCAAAAUUCCCUUAUUCAAAAAAAAAAACUACAACCUCAUUCCUGGUGUCAACAACGUUUUUAUCAUUAUUGUUCGUUUUGUUUACUUUUGCCAUGUCGGUUCGACAAGAGUUAAAAACUUGAUCAUAUUGAUGCUACCACCAAAUUAUGUUCCUCUUUUAAUUUUUUUACAUUUUAUUUCUUCUUUUUCUUCAGCUGUUCAGGGUUUUUGACCAAUUCUGACGUCAAGAGACAAUUUAUUUCGGUCUGAAAUUUCCAACACUUAAUGGACCCGGUAAUUAAUGUGACAGAAAUCACAGGGAUCGGUUCGAGCAGAAGUAGAGCCGAGUUUUAACGAUUCCGUUUUUUUUGGGUAAAUCGAACCAGAUGUAGAUUUAGGGACUAGAUCAUUUUCUGACUUCAUGUGGCUGAAAACCAAGUGCCUCGUUUUCCCAGGUGGACUGAGACGCCCCCUGGCUGUGGGCUGAGGUGAGACAAGCGGCCGGAACACAAAGCUGCUUGUUGGUUGAAUCUGGUUUAAAGGACAGAAUGCAAAAAAAAAACAACACACUAACAAAACACUUUUUUUGUACUAAAAAAUGUUGUGGUAGGUAAAUCAGAUGCAAAGUAAGCAAAUGUAGUGCAUGCAGGGUCUUGAACAUGUCAAAAAAAUAGUGUCUGUACUUUUGCUUCAGGAUGUGUGGUAAGUAUUUGCCUUUCUCUUUCAAACACACUAACACUACGUUGGUAGAAAUCGUCUCUAAAUCGAGGAAAGUGCCAUUUUUUUUGAUCGAUAAUAAUCCAGUAUAUGUCACCUCUGCCAUAUUUGCCCAGAUCCCACGGGUUCUCCUUCUCCUCCUCCCCUCUUUCCAACGAGAGCAGUAUUGUGCGAGGGUGUUUGUCGGCGACGGCAACGAGUUGUGUUGUUGCUGCUGACUGUUGACUUCACGUAGGGCUAUGCAACAAGACGACACUUCAUCUGCCCUGUAGCUUUAACCCUCUGGAAUCUCCAGGUUCAGGCUUUAGUGCGACUGUGACCAAAUUUUACAUUUUAACGUGUGAAGAGUUGUAAAUUGUAAAUAUUUCAUAUGUGAUGUACAGAAAACACACAAAGUCGUAUGGAAGCUCACGCGUGUUUUUGAGGUUUGGAAGGUUGACUGCAUGACGCCGGAUAGAAACCGCCCCAGAUAUAAAGCUGUGUUCUCUCCAGACUUGGGUCUAGU